GCGGCCUUCCAGCUUCCCUCCUCCGUGCCCUUGAAAAGGAGGAGCGUUUUUGCCCGGUGGCAGCCGCAGAUUGCGAGGUGGCAGGUUUGAGGUUGCAGUGGUGGGGCACUGCCAGCCAAAAAUAACCAUGGGUCGCUUGGGUGGCAGGAAUCCGGGAGGGUAGCCGCUGACCUGGCUGGCUGCUCUUCUUGUUAGCCCGGUUCUCUAGCCAGGAACAGCAAAUGAGAAGCCAGAGAGGCCUGUGCUCAUAGAAAACCUGGCAUCCAGUAACUUGGUCUCAUUGGUCACAUUGUCUUUUUCAUUGUUCAGAGCAGAGCCUCCCAAAGCAUAAUUGUGGCCCUUAAGUUUUAAAAAGCUUCUUUGCCGAGGACUCAUGGAAUCGGAGAAUUUGUGAGAAAUAGGCUCAAACGACCUGGCUGGGAGGAGGACGUGGGCCACCUGGUAGCUCCCAUUUUUCACCUGCCUGGGAUGCGUUGCAAGGGAGAUUAUCUCCAUUACUGCCUAUGUGUGGUACUUCAUGGCCAAAAUAUUGGGCCAUCUUUGCCAGUCUGAGAGGCGUUAUCUUCAUUUUUCAGGCAUGACAAUUUAGGUCUAGAGUGACUUGUAUAAGGCCACAGGGCCAGUAAGUGGCAGCACUGGGAUCGAGUUCAAGGUUUCCUGCCAAAACUUUCUACCCGGUCCCUUGGAAGGAAUUAUAAAUUAAGGCAUUCAUCAUAGCCCUGAGUGUUAGCCGGAACCUUCUCAGUGCUAAUGAAAGGCUGUCUUUAGUACUUCUUGUGGCCCAAACCUGUGCGAGGCUUUUGACUUUAUAGGGCAGACAUUUAAUUCUUAUGGAGCCUGUAAGAGAUUAUUGUUCCCUUGUUUCAAGAGGAGGUUGAAGCUUAAAGUGGUUUAAUAACUUGCCUAAAGGCAACAGUGAAGUGGUAUUGCUGUGGAGCAGGUUGGCAUUCGACUCUGAGGCUGUGACUUUCCACUCAAGUAGACAUAUGUGGUCAUAGAAAUCCACUUAGGUCCCAGAAGGAAAAUUUUGGUCUGCUGUAGAUUAGACCGCAUUACAACAUCCUCCACAUAGGAUGCUUAGGGUGCUCUGUCUGCCUGGUGAGGAUAGGCAGGACCACUUUGCCUUUUGGGAAAUGUAUGCCUGGCCAGUAGGUUGUCUUUUGGGUCAGUUGGUGAGACAUGGGCUUCUGCUUUCAGGCCACAGCCUGAGCACCUGCCAUAAGGUCAUGGGGUGGGGGACAUUCAGAUAAGUGUGAAAACAACAGUGCCUUUCUUAGGGCUCCCAGAGGUUUCCAUAAAUUGUCUCCCCAUCCUACUCAUACACAAGUACCUAUUUCAUCUUUGGACUGUGCUGGUGAGAUGGAGCAGCCUUGAUGGAUUUGUUUAAAAGAUGCAUCACUGUAAGCGAUACCGUUCCCCAGAGCCAGACCCAUACCUGAGCUACCGCUGGAAGAGGAGGCGGUCUUACAGUCGGGAGCAUGAAGGUCGACUACGAUACCCAUCCCGAAGGGAGCCUCCCCCACGGAGAUCACGGUCCAGAAGCCAUGAUCGUAUACCCUACCAGCGGAGGUACCGGGAACACCGUGACAGCGAUACGUAUCGGUGUGAGGAGCGGAGCCCAUCCUUUGGAGAGGACUGCUAUGGGUCUUCACGUUCUCGACAUCGGAGACGGUCACGAGAGAGGGUGCCGUACCGUACCCGCAAGCAUGCCCACCACUGUCAUAAACGCCGUACCAGGUCUUGUAGCAGCGCUUCCUCGAGAAGCCAACAGAGCAGUAAGCGCAGCAGCCGGAGUGUGGAAGAUGACAAGGAGGGCCACCUGGUGUGCCGGAUCGGCGAUUGGCUCCAAGAGCGAUAUGAGAUCGUGGGGAACCUGGGUGAAGGCACCUUUGGCAAGGUGGUGGAGUGCUUGGACCAUGCCAGAGGGAAGUCACAGGUUGCCCUGAAGAUCAUCCGUAAUGUGGGCAAGUACCGGGAGGCUGCUCGUCUAGAAAUUAAUGUUCUCAAGAAAAUCAAGGAGAAAGACAAGGAAAAUAAAUUCCUUUGUGUCCUGAUGUCUGACUGGUUCAACUUCCAUGGUCAUAUGUGCAUCGCCUUUGAGCUCCUGGGCAAGAACACCUUUGAGUUUCUGAAGGAGAACAACUUCCAGCCUUAUCCCCUACCACAUGUCCGGCACAUGGCCUACCAGCUCUGUCAUGCCCUUAGAUUUCUACACGAGAACCAGCUGACCCACACAGACUUGAAGCCAGAGAACAUCUUGUUUGUGAAUUCUGAGUUUGAAACCCUCUACAAUGAGCACAAGAGCUGCGAGGAGAAGUCAGUGAAGAACACCAGCAUCCGAGUGGCAGACUUUGGCAGUGCCACGUUUGACCAUGAACAUCACACCACCAUUGUGGCCACCCGUCACUACCGCCCACCUGAGGUGAUCCUUGAGCUGGGCUGGGCACAGCCCUGUGAUGUCUGGAGUAUUGGCUGCAUUCUCUUCGAGUACUACCGUGGCUUUACACUCUUCCAGACUCAUGAAAAUAGAGAACACUUGGUUAUGAUGGAGAAGAUUCUAGGACCCAUCCCAUCACACAUGAUCCACCGUACCAGGAAGCAGAAAUAUUUCUACAAAGGGGGCCUGGUUUGGGAUGAGAACAGCUCUGAUGGGCGGUAUGUGAAGGAGAACUGCAAACCUCUGAAGAGUUACAUGCUGCAGGACUCCCUGGAGCACGUGCAGCUGUUUGACCUGAUGAGGAGGAUGUUAGAGUUUGACCCUGCUCAGCGCAUCACAUUGGCAGAAGCCUUGCUGCACCCCUUCUUUGCUGGCCUGACCCCUGAGGAGCGUUCCUUCCACAGCAGCCGUAACCCCAGCAGAUGACAGGUGCAGGCCAGCACACGAAGAGUUGGAGAGCUGGACUGGGCUGCUGGCCCCUUUUCUCCAGCCUCUCCCACUGGCCUCAGAGCCAGAGCCACCGAUGAACAGUGCAAUGUGAAGGAAGGCAGGAGCCUGCAAGGGAAGGGGGGAAUGUGGUGCCCAGCUGCCAGAAAGCACAGAUUGGACCCAAGCUAUUUAUAUGUUGUAAAGUUAUAAUAAAGUGUUUCUUACUGUUUGUAACCCCCUGGUACCAGUGUGUCCAUCUCCAGGCUCCUUGCCCUCUCCCUACGCUGACUGACUUAUUAAUAAAGUCUUUCUUAGCAGCUCA